GGAUGAAUGUAACGAACAAGUUCAUAAAUAUCAGUGUGCCAGCUUCAAGAAGUUUGCAACAAAGAAAGAAGCUUGGGCUUUUAUAAAUGAAGAGGCAACAGGAUCAUCAACUUGUUCAAGAGACUUUGGUGAAAAGGACAACAAUUAUACACAUAACAAGGAUACAUCUGAGUCAAGUGAUACAAGAUCAUACAAAAGAUCAUACGAAGAGCCUUCAGAGAAGAAAUAUACAUACAAGCGUGUAAAAUAUACAGAUGUUCCUUAUAGUCCUCCAGCAGAUAAGAAUGAAUUCAAGUACUUAGGAGAUUAUACAGUUGUCUACACAGAUGGAUGUUGCUCAAGUAACGGACGCCAGGAGGCCCGUGCUGGGACAGGUGUAUAUUGGGGACCUGGUCAUCCCCUAAACAAUAGUGAAAGACUUCAGGGACGGCAAACAAAUCAAAGGGCUGAAAUAAAUGCCGCUUGCAAGGCGAUAGAACAAGCAAAGAGUCAAAAUAUCAAAAAACUGGCAAUCUAUACUGACAGCAAAUUCACCAUUAAUG